CCUCCAAACUUUCCUAAUUAUACACUGAUAAGAAAAGACAGAGAACGAGAUACUGGUGGAGGACUAGCCUUCCUGGUUCAUGAAACUAUUCCCUUUGAACCCCUUCCAGAUGUCCAACUUGACAAAUUUACAGAAUACCUCACCAUAAAGGUCGACAAUAAAAAAAUUGUAAAUAUAUAUAUUCCCCCUGCCAGCAGCUCUGAUAUCGGGUUUUCAUCAAAUCUAGCCAUGCUUUUUACAGACAAUAGUACAAUAAUUAUGGGUGAUUUUAAUGCCCAUGACCCACUAUGGUUCUCCCCCAUCCAAGACUCCAGAGGUACCCUGGUCUCUGAUGAAAUUGGUGCCAGCUCCUUCGGUGACUUGGACAUGCCUACCAGAACCUCCAGAAACUCACAACCAACCUCUCCUGAUAUAUCACUUGCAGGCCCCCCUCUACUCCCAUACUGUAACUGGACAACAUCUCCAAGCUUAGGAUCUGACCAUCUACCCAUUGUUAUAACUUGUACAACGACACUCAAACUCAUAAUGAGUGAGAUCAAAACUUACAUAAAUUUCAAAAAAGCUGACUGGGUGAACUUCACCCUAACCUCAGAAGAGGAGAUUUCUAAACUCAACCCACCCACAGAUGUCUACAGAGCUGAACAAGAUUUUAGAGAAGUCAUUAACAGAGUAUCCAGAAACACAAUACCUCAAGGACGAAUCAAAGAAAUAUUCCCAGAAGUCCCAACCACAGUCAAGAACAAGAUACUUGAGAGAGAUGAACUAAGGAAAACAAACCCACAAUCUCCACAGAUUCCAGAACUCAACUAUGAGAUAAACAAACUAAUAAACUAACAUAAACAAGAAAAAUGGAGAGAAGAAGUAGGAAACAUAGAUAGGAAAACAGACCCUUCGAAACUUUUCAACCUACUUAAACGCCUUAAUGGACAACCACAAAGCAAACAGAACCAAGGAAUCAGAUUCAAAGGAAAAUACCUGUCCACUGCAUCAAAUAUUGCAAAUAACUUCAACAAACAAUACACAUCUGUCUCAAGGCACACCAGCUCCAAACUCACUAGAACCAUCUUCAAAGAAUCACAAAGGAACACUACAUCAGGAGCUACAAUAAUCACAGCAUCUGAUACAUGUGAAGCAAUAAAACAAGCCAAAUCCUCCAAAGCAAUAGGACCUGACGGAAUAUCCAACCUUCAUCUUUAACACCUUGGACCACUAGGACUUAAGUAUCUAACUAACAUUUUCAACCUCUCACUUCAGAACAGUAAAAUCCCUCAAAUAUGGAAAAACUUGAUCAUCAUCCCUCUCCUUAAACCAGGAAAAGAUCCUGCUGAGUCCAAAUCCUAUAGACCUGUUUCACUUCUAUGCCCUGCAGCUAAAAUCUGAGAAAGAC